AUGCCGUCGUUCGCCAACGACCCGAAAACCAAUUUUUUCAUGCCAAUUUCCCAUAUUUAUGAUCCUAUCCAGACCUCUAACGACAGUGCCUUUGAUCCCGGUUUGUUUGCUUUCCUCGAAGCAACCAAUGGCGACGGAGAUGCCAAUUCAAUUCCACUGUCCCCGUCGAUGAUGGGCAUCCCUUGGCCCAGCAAGUUUCCUGGCUGCCGUCAAUGCAAGCACUGGGAAACCGCACAACGUAUGACGAAAGAGCUUCUCUAUGCUAUCUAUCAGAACUACAAACAGGAACCACAAGAUGACGGCAAACUCCCCGUCGAUUUGCAGAGAACUUCUACCGAUAAACGAUCACUCAAAGAGAAUGAGCUGAUAGCCACGGCCGUCAAAUCGACGGUUUACAUGUUUCCCGAUGCCAGUCCCGUCAGAGCGGGAAUGAUAGCGCAGUCUAUGCUGCUUAUCUUCUUGCACGAUGACGUCGUCGAAGAGUCACCUGUAGACGCAGAAUUCAAAAGAUUGAAGCUGUCGGGCGAGUUGUCGGACGGUCAGCAACGGUUCAUAGAAGCGGGGACUCUGUGUCUUGUUGGACACAUCUUUUACUCGGCCACAUCUGGUCGAUAUGGGGGUGCACGUGCUGCUCUUUAA